AUGUCGUCGAACCACACCAACUUUGAUGCGGCAGCUACCGACCGCAAAGCCCGCCUUGCCAAACUGGCUGCGCUGAAGCGCAAACAACCCGAACCGGACACAAAUGAAGAUGGUGACGCAGACCAAGAGCUUCCUGACGCCGACACAACCCCAGAUGUCACUACAAAAUAUCUCUCCGGUCGCAACUAUGAUCCUGAAGCCCGCGGGCCCAAAUUGGGCUUUGAGCAAGGUCCGCAAGAAGGCCAAGUGACAUUGGAAGAGCAAGCCGCAGAGAUCGCAAAAGCUACAGCAGCAGACGUCAUGGAUUAUUCAGAGGACGAAGACGAGCCCAUCGAUCUACUCAAAUUACAACCCAAAAAGCCAAACUGGGACUUGAAGCGCGAUUUGGCCGAGAAACUUAAGGUUCUUGACGUACGGACGGACAAUGCUAUUGCUCGUAUUGUUCGAAAGAGGGUGGAAGAAGAUAAGCGUGCUGCUAAGGAGCGUGGAGCCGCUACCAAAGGGGACGAACAAGGAGAGGAAGUGGGCAUUGAAGGCGAGACUCUUGUUCAGAGUAUUCACAUGCGGGAGCACGAAGAAAAGAGCGACGAAGAAACGAUUUGA